AUCACCGUACUGCAUGUGAAGCUCACCGAGACGGCGAUCCGCGCGCUCGAGACCUACCAGAGCCACAAGAAUUUAAUUCCUUUUCGACCUUCAAUUCAAUUCCAAGGGCUCCAAGGGCUCUGGAGCCUCCCAGCUCAAUUGCCUGGGAUUUAUACAAGAUAAAAUUACAGUGUGUGCAACAAAUGACUCGUAUCAGAUGACACGAGAAAGAAUGACCCAGGCAGAGGAGGAAUCCCGCAACCGAAGCACAAAAGUUAUCAAACCCGGUGGACCAUAUGUAGGGAAAAGAGUGCAAAUUCGGAAAGCUCCUCAAGCUGUUUCAGAUACAGUGCCUGAAAGGAAAAGGUCAACCCCCAUGAACCCUGCAAAUACGAUUCGCAAGACGCACGGCAGCAACAGUGUCUCUCAGCGGCCGUAUCGGGACAGGGUGAUUCACUUGCUGGCACUGAAGGCCUAUAAGAAGCCUGAGCUGCUGGCCCGACUGCAGAAAGACGGUGUCAAUCAGAAAGACAAGAACUCCCUUGGAGCAGUUCUGCAGCAGGUAGCCAAUCUGAAUCCUAAGGACCUCUCAUACACCUUAAAGGAUUAUGUUUUUAAAGAGCUUCAAAGAGACUGGCCUGGAUACAAUGAAAUAGACAGACGGUCAUUAGAGUCAGUACUCUCAAGAAAAUUAAACCCAUCUCAGAAUGCUGCCAGCACCAGCCGCUCAGAAUCUCCUGUAUGUUCUAGUAGAGACCCUGCAUCUUCUCCUCAGAAACGGCUUUUGGAUUCAGAUUUCAUUGAUCCUUUAAUGAAUAAAAAGGCUCGAAUAUCUCACCUGACAAAUAGAGUGCCGCCAACAUUGAAUGGCCAUUUGAAUCCCACCAGUGAAAAGUCUACUGCAGGCCUCCCGCCGCCCCCUGCAGCAGCUGCCAUCCCCACGCCUCCACCGCUGCCUUCAACCCACCUGCCUGUCUCCAACCCGCCUCAGACUGUAAAUUCUAACUCCAAUUCCCCUAGCACUCCAGAAGGCCGGGGGACUCAAGACCUACCUGUUGACAGUUUUAGUCAAGAUGGUAGUAUCUAUGAGGACCAGCAAGACAAAUAUACCUCUAGGACUUCUCUGGAAACCUUACCCCCUGGUUCAGUUCUACUAAAGUGUCCAAAGCCUAUGGAAGAAAACCAUUCGUCUCACAAAAAGUCCAAGAAGAAGUCUAAAAAACACAAGGAAAAGGACCAAAUAAAAAAGCAAGACGUUGAGAUGAUUGAGGAAAAGGAAGAGGACCUUAAAAGAGAAGAGGAAAUUGCCAAGCUGAACGACUCCAAUCCGGAUUCCAAUGAAGGAGUUAAAGAAGAUUGCACUGCCUCCACAGAGCCUUCUUCAACAAUUGAACUCCCAGAUUAUUUGAUAAAAUAUAUUGCCAUCGUCUCCUAUGAGCAACGCCAGAAUUACAAGGAUGACUUCAAUGCUGAGUAUGAUGAAUAUAGGGCCUUGCAUGCCAGGAUGGAGACUGUGGCUAGAAGAUUUAUCAAACUGGAUGCACAGCGAAAACGCCUUUCUCCAGGCUCAAAAGAGUAUCAGAAUGUUCAUGAAGAAGUCUUACAAGAAUAUCAGAAGAUAAAGCAGUCUAGUCCCAAUUACCACGAAGAAAAAUACCGAUGCGAGUAUCUUCAUAACAAGCUAGCUCACAUCAAAAGACUAAUAGGGCAGUGGGAAGUACACUGUGGCCUACCAGCGUCUGAACGCGUGUGCGCGACCUGUGUGUGUGCAGAGGUGGUGUGGAUGUGAGCGUGCAUGGAGGAAAAAAGCUGCUACUCUCAGUCGGCCAAACGCUCAGGUGAAACAACUGAUGAGUGUUACUGUAGGUGUGUUUUUUUUUUUUCCUGUCAAAUUGCUACUUCUAUCAUGGAAGACAAAAAGCAUUUCCAUUUCAACAGUUUGUCAGCUUUAUUAAUGUUGGGCAAAAUUGAUAUGUUAUGAAAAUGAAACAGAUCUAUAGUUUUGGGGCAAAAUUAUAACAUGAAAUGUGUAGGUAACCUAUUUAUAUACUGCUAUAAAGUAUUUUUUGAAGAGAGAUAUGCAAAGAAGCUAUUACCUACAUGAAAUGUAUAUUUAAAGAAUUUUUUUUGUCAUCCUGGGUGCCAGGAAUAUAAAGCAGAGCGGAUAUAUUUAACCAUAACAUACUGUGAUUCAUCAAACAGCACAAACUUUUCAUUUCAUGGAGUUUAUCUGUUGACGUUGAUUUAAACUAUCAUUUGUUUUAUCAUGUGGGAACAUAAGUUAUGUGGUCAAAAAUAUAAGGAUUUUGAACUAAUGUUGAUACAAGUUGUGUUGUCUUAUCGUAUUGUUUUUCAAAGUGCUGCCAGUUUAAAAGGGAAGCAUUAUGUUUACAAAUAUGUUUUGAAAUGUUUGCCAAAAUUUUGGUGGUAUCUUUAAUAAAGAUGUUUGUCUCCAGCAUCCAAAAAAAUAUAUAACUUUGUUGUGUAUCGUAAACCAGAAAAUGCUGGUAUCCAAAAAAACCUGAGAGAGCAUGUAGAUGGAAUUUUGUCUUUGGAGUUCCAAAACA